UCUCAAAAGACUUGUGUCAUUUACUAUCUUCUCUUCUCUUUUCUUUUCAUGUCUCCCUCUCCCCCUCCCACAAUGAAAUCCUUGGACGCACUCCACAAUCUCCCGGCGGUGGAGUCCGGUGACGCUGAUGUGAAGAACGUCGACGAUGAUGGCCGAGAGAGGAGAACGGGGACGUUUCUGACGGCGAGUGCGCAUAUUAUCACGGCGGUGAUAGGCUCUGGAGUGUUGUCUUUGGCUUGGGCUUUAGCACAACUUGGUUGGGUGGCAGGAACCGUGAUCUUGGUGACUUUCGCCAUCGUCACUUACUACACGUCCACUUUGCUCGCCGAUUGCUACCGAGCGCCGGACCCCAUUACCGGAACACGCAACUACACCUAUAUGGGCGUCGUUCGAGCUUACCUUGGUGGUAAAAAGGUGCAGCUAUGUGGACUAGCACAGUACGGUAACCUCGUUGGGGUCACUAUUGGUUACACCAUCACUGCUUCCAUAAGCUUAGUAGCGAUUGGGAGAGCAAAUUGUUUUCAUAAAAACGGCCAUGGUGCGAAAUGUUCUGUAUCGAAUUAUCCAUACAUGGCGGGUUUUGGGCUCCUCCAGAUUUUUCUAAGUCAGAUUUCUAAUAUUCACGAGCUAUCCUUCCUCUCGAUCAUCGCCGCGGUUAUGUCCUUCUCUUAUGCCUCUAUUGGUAUCGGUCUGUCCAUCGCCAAAGUGGCAAGUGGGAAGGUUGGUAAGACAACACUGACAGGUACGGUGAUAGGAGUGGACGUAACUGCGUCUGAUAAAGUGUGGAAAGCGUUCCAAUCGGUUGGGGACAUUGCGUUUUCGUACGCUUUCACCACUAUUCUCAUUGAGAUCCAAGACACAUUGAGAUCAAGCCCACCAGAGAACAAAGUGAUGAAAAAAGCAAGUCUUAUUGGAGUCUCAACCACAACUGUUUUCUACAUCUUAUGUGGUUGCAUUGGGUAUGCUGCGUUCGGAAACAUAGCCCCUGGUGACUUCCUUACCGACUUUGGGUUUUACGAACCUUUCUGGCUCGUCGAUUUUGCUAAUAUUUGCAUUGCUGUCCAUCUAAUCGGUGCCUAUCAGGUAUAUGUUCAGCCCUUUUUCCAGUUUGUUGAGAGCAAAUGCAACAAAAAAUGGCCUGAAAACAUUUUCAUCAACAAAGAAUACUUGUGGAAGAUACCAUAUCUCGGAAAAUGGCGUCUCAGCCCCUUCAGGCUGGUGUGGAGGACAUGCUAUGUGAUUUUGACAACACUGAUAGCAAUGAUAUUCCCCUUCUUCAACUCCAUCUUGGGUUUGCUCGGGGCGCUUGCCUUCUGGCCGCUAACAGUUUAUUUUCCUGUGUCAAUGCACAUGGCUCAGACAAAGGUUAAGAAGUAUUCGGGCAGAUGGUUGGCGCUGACCCUACUCGUGUUGGUUUGCUUGAUUGUCUCCGCCCUAGCUGCAGUGGGAUCCAUCGUUGGCUUAAUCGAUAAUGUCAAGAAAUACAAGCCUUUCAAGAAUAUAGACUAAGUUACUUAUGAUGGUGAUCUUUGUAACUAUUUUAUAUGGACUAUUAUUUCUUUCUAGCAAAGUAUCUUAUCAAGGGUGGCUUCAAAUAAUGUUGUAAACAAUACUCUAUUUUGUUUUAUGUAAUAUUUAGUACUCCCUCAGUUUCCAAUUUUAAGUA